AUGUUCGACAACAUACUCACCCCCCAACUAGACGUCAAACCGCGCGCGGUCCAUGAAACCGUCUCUAGAUCGACCGCUUCCAACAACAUAAUCGACAUCAGCUCCGACAAAAUCGAAACCGAACUACGAAGUUCUUUACAAGACAGUAUUCAAGCAGCAUGUCACAGGGACGCUGCUAUGCCGGACCUCCUCCUAUGGGAUAAGAAGGGAUUGCAAUACUUUGAAGAUGUGACUUAUACGCCGUCGUACUACUUGACGAAUGAGGAAAUCGGUAUCCUGGAGGAUCAGAAGUAUCAGAUCGCGCAGUGUAUUCGACCAGGAAGUAUGCUUAUUGAAUUGGGGAGUGGGAAUUUACGCAAAAUCAAAAUCCUCCUCGAAGCCCUCGAUGACCUAGGCCGCGAUGUAGACUACUUCGCUCUCGAUGUCUCUCUCCCCGAACUCCAGCGCACUCUCAACAUAGUCCCACCAGGUACAUUCCGACACAUCCGCUGCUCUGGACUUUUGGGAACCUACGAUGACGGUCGACGGUGGCUGCAGCGCUCCGAGCUCGAAUCGCGCCCGAAGGUCCUUAUAUCGCUUGGAUCGACCGUGGGAAGCAUGCAGCGAUCCGAGACCGCGGGGUUUUUGUCAAGUUUCACGGGGCCCGAAGAAUCGAAUCGAUCAUUCCUGCUUGGCCUAGACGGAUGCAAAGACCAAAAACGAGUACUGGCAGCGUACAACGACGAGCACGGUAAUAAUCACAGAUUUAUCAAGAAUGGGCUGGAAAGGGCGAAUGAAAUUCUCGGUCAUGAAGCAUUCGACCUUGAGAAAUGGGAUGUUGUUGGAUCUUGGAACCGGGAGAAUGGGAGUCAUGACCAGUACUAUUAUCCCAAGACAGAUGUGUCGCUAGGUGGAGAGAUAGUUCCAGCAGGGAGGAGGAUAUUGGCUAUCCAGAGCCAUAAGUAUGAUGCGAAUGAUGCCCAUAUGCUGCUGAAAGAGGCUGGGUUGGAUGUUGUUGAUGCGUGGGGUUCGCGGAAUAAGUAUAGCCUUCUUUUCUUGAAGAGUGCAUGA